ACCCUCGCGAGAUCACAGUUUAUGGUUGAUCUGGCAGUUUGAAGAUCUGCCAAACACCCCAAGAGACAGGGAAAGGGAGAGACUCUCCAGCGGCAGAGCCGAAUCUACCGGAAACCGGGCCGGGGCUUGAUUCACGUCAGCCGGAGGCGAGUACGCCGCCUCCCCCUUGGGCCUACUCCGGCCUGCGGCUGCUGUUCGGCGGCUACAGCGCGAUGCCUGCUCUCGGCCGACGCCUGGCGACGUGGCUCGGGUGAAGAGAUGGAGCCGGGAGAGCGAACAGUUGACUAUGGCAGGGAGAAGUCAAACUCGUUUCCUGCCGGCUACUGUUCAGCCGGCAUUGGGAGGCAAUGUUUAUGUGUUCACAAGUGGCACACCUUCAGAAAAUGAACUUUCAGAAGAGGAUGCAGAAUGUUUUGAACUGAGACCAAGAGGAAAGAAAAUACGAAGAACCACAUCUAAAGAUCGGUUGGAUGAUAUUGUGUACCUGGUCCGGGAAAUUAAAGAGGGUGACACCUUGAAUGCACUUGCUUUGCAGUACUGCUGUACUGUAAGUGAUGAUUUGAGUCAUAACGUAAAGGAUUAUUACAAAGAAGAGGUGGAAGGAAUGGUUGCAGAUAUCAAAAGGGUUAAUAAUCUUAUCAACGACCAAGACUUUUUUGCUCUCAGAUCUGUAAAGAUUCCGGUGAAAAAGAUCACUCUACUAGGUGACACACACAGCCCAGUCAAAUCAAGACUAGUUCCAUGUCCUGCCUUGGAAUCUAAUGCACAGUUUCAGGAAUCUAGUCUAGGUGUAGACUCCUCUUCAUCAAAUGAAAAUGCUGAUAACUUUCUCCGAGAGGUUGAUAAAGACAUAGAAAGGAUAGUGAAGUCAAAUGACAGUACUAGGGAACAUUUAAAUGAAGUUGUUUCAGCAUUAUCUACACAACCAUUUUAUCAAACAGCAGAUCGGAAAAUUUUGCCACGAAAAGAUCCCCAUUAUGGAGCUGACUGGGGCAUACGCUGGUGGAAUGCAGUGAUGAUAAUGUUAGUAGUUGGAAUUGUUACACCUGUCUUUUAUCUACUCUACUAUGAAGUCCUGGUAAAGGUUGAGACAAGCCAUCAUUCUACUGUGGAAUCAACAAACCUACCUGUCACUCAGCCUGCACAGCAAGAGCCAAAGUAUAGCUAUGAAAUGAAUCCCAUGAAAAGGACUAAAAUGGCCUCAAAGGCGUCCCUUGAGCAUGUGAACUCAAAAGUUCACAUGACUGUCACCUGACCACAACCAUCUAGCACACAACAUUAUGUGUAGUGCAGGUGUAAAAGGACUAUGUCCAAUGACCUCUAGUCGUAAUGGAGAGGAACUGAGGAAAUUGCAUCAUGCUACAAAUGUUCAUAUUUUCAACACAAAAAUGAACCAACUUUUGCAAAAAAAAUUGAUAGACCAGUUAAGACUUGCCUUCCGAUGUCAUGGGAUGAGGUAACAUUAAAAAGUGACACUGACACUGAAUUUUCUGAAUUUAAAGUGACUAAAAUGUUGUGCCUCUGUCAACUGAUAAUAUAUAGCAUUAAUAAUUAAACUUUGGUUCAUAUUGUAGUUCCAAACAGCAGUUUUGAGUCAUUCUUUAAUCAGUGUCUUCCUUUAAAUAACUAUACAUGAUCCUGAUUAUAUUCGUGAAAUACAUUUCUAAGCCUGGCAUGAUCAAGAUUUCUUCUGCGGUCCAGCUAUUUUCUUGAGUUAAAAUACAUUAGCUAUUGAAUUGCAACUCUAUUUGUGUUUCAGGAUUCUGUAAAAUUUUAAUAUGUAAUUUAAAAUGUUAAAGCUUAAAACGAGUGUCAAAAAUAUGCAUUUAGCAUUAUCAUCAUCUCCCCUGUGUUUUCUUUUAAACCAGCUCAUUGAUAUUCAGUGUAGCCAUGCAGUGAUUCCUCUUGAAUACUGCUUUCCUGUUAAAUACAGAAAUGGUAACACAUUCUAAAUAUCACAGCACAACAUGUUGUCUUAAUACUUCUUGUUCAUAUAAAGGAAUUCUGUUGCCUAAAAAUUAAUAGUUUUAAUAUAAAAUGUAUUUAUUGACUAUUUACCAUAGUUGAAACAUGCUGAUGUUUUGUUUGUGUUGAGCUGUUGAAAGUUAGUGUUAUAUUUAACAGCUAUUGAUUCUGUGGAUUAAAGCCAGAGAUCAUAAUUGUGAAGAAAAGAUCAAAUGAUCCUAAAUAGCUGAUAUUACAUCUCAAAAUGUGGCUGUUGAAGAAUGAAAUUCCAACAUUUACACCAGUUGUAUUUUCUUAAAACUUUGUAACAGAAUUGUAUUCUUUAGGAAUUUAUCAUUACAUUUAAAAUAAAAAUUGAAAUCCUUUUA